AUGAGACUAUGCACCAGAGAAGCAAAUCUGCAUUCUCUACCUUACGAUAUUUUCUACCAGGUCGUUGAAGACUUGGACUUGUCAGACUUCAACAAUCUCAGUCGAGUCAGUAGGAGCCUGUACAAUCUUCUGCACAAUGAUCAGCUUGCCAAGCGCACCAUCAAGAAAUAUGUCCCCCAUUCCAAAGAAGCCCGGUGGGCUGCCGCUGGAAAUAUCUCCUUUCGAAAAGCUAUCGGACGCAUACAUGAUAUGCAGCAGGCGGUAGCCAUGGCUGAGCCAUACUCUGCUGCAGUGUUGUCAUAUGCUGCAACUUUCAUCUAUCGGGAUGGCGUGUUAUCAUAUGUCAUCGGCAAUGAAAUCCGCGUUUUGAAUGUCCAUCGGGCAGACAGCACAGAACAAGUCGUGGAUGUUCACAAUAUGCUACGUCGAAUCAUCCCAACUUAUCGUCAACAAGAGGCCGCAGACCGCUCGGCCCAAAUCACAUUCCUAUAUUACUCAUCGGGAGUACUGGCAUUUCUGGUGGAAAUUGAUGGCGAUGCACAUGCAUGGUUGAUUCUGCUCGAUGUUACCCCUGGAUGUUCCAGAAGAAUUAGAUUCAUCAGACAGUUGGAAUGUACGCGGCGGCUUUUUGUCCGCCAUAACGGUACCCAUCUCUUCUAUGGCGUACAUUCGUUUGUUGAUGCUUCGGGUGAGCUCCUUUGGGCCAUUCAGUGGGUUGAUCUCACUAGGAAUACCAAGGCGGAUGUCCCGCCUACUGUCCUGGAUAAACUGGCGGGCACCGAAAUAGGCCAUAAUGUCUGUUUUGAAAUCUUUGAUAACCAGCUUUAUGCGGUGUCUAAUACAAUUGAUUCGGAGGAGGAGGCGUUGAACUGGAGAUCCUUUUAUGAAUGGGUCUGCAUUCCGCCAGCAUUCAAUCGACGUAGAGUAAGAAUGCAAAGAAUAUGGCGACGGGACCAUCUCGAAGGUCCUAUUAACGAUACAUGGACGGAAAUGUCUUUACGCAUGGAUGAAGCCACUGGUCGGCCCAUGAUUCUUGAAUGUCGUCGUGAAUGGCGAGAAGGCCGCUCAGAUCACGUACGAACAUAUUAUGCCGAACCUUUACGGAUGGUUUCUGAAUUGGCUACCACCGGAGAAAUUCAGGGCGAGGCCGAGCACACAGAACCCCGUGAAACACAGUCGCCAUCUUCCUCUUCACCCUCCACCUAUCCCCUUCUUGUGGGUGGUACCGGACCUAGCAAUAUCACCCUACCGGCUCCUUUGCCGCUGAAUGGGCCAUCCAUAGAGGACUUGGCGCGACGCAAGAGAAUAGGCAAACAUGUACAUUCGGAGUACUCAGGCAAUUGUCGCACAAGAAGGGAAUUCAUUAUGGCAAAAACGAAAUACCGCACAUACAAUUUCUCCGCGCAUUCAUUUAUGGAUUUGGUCAAUGAUCCAGAGCCAAACAAUCGAGUUGGAGCUGCUACAGAUCGGUUGCGUUUACGGAUCAAUUCUUGCAAACGGAAAUGCACAUUGUCCGUUGACGACAACCACGUAGCCAAACGCAGCAAGCUUGACUCGACCCUUCGUUCUUCAACUACUGCUACUACAAGUAUAAAAGAUGACGAGUCCGAUAACGUCCACCUAUGGCCUCCCGACGACGCAGACGAAGACCUCAUCAAACUCCUCUGCCCAACCCGAAAAGCAACCAACAUCCACGCAAUCGCCGACGAGCGCUCACUAAUCUACUCCGUCGAUACAGACGAACCUCACAAGCAAGCCAUUAUCCUAAUCAGUUUUGAUCCCCAAAUCCGUCUUCCAUGCAUGCACAGUAGAAAUCAGGGUGCAACAUUACCAUCUGCGCCUGUAGGUAUUAGUCUACUCGGACCCGAGGAUGUGAAGAAGAAUAUGAGACAGAAAUGUUCUAUCUUUAGUCCUUGUUCUUCUUCUGCUAUCAGUAGUAGUAAUAGCAAAUCAAGUGUGCGGACUGAAGCAGCGAUGCAUUUGUCGAUUGAUAAGGGGUAUUGGUUUGAUACGAAGAGGUGGUGA